UGCUCGGCGCGGCCGCCGCAGUCCCGGCGCCGUUGCGGGACGUGGGGUCCAGGGGGCGCUGUGGCCCAGUGGCGCGGGCGGCUGGAGCGGCCACCACGGCGCCCGAGGCUUCGCCGAGCCCGUCCGCCUGCAGCGCCUCGGUCGUCCCGCCGUAGGCUGCGACCCCAGACGCGCUCCACCGCGCUCCCCCGGACCCGCUUGGCUGAGGCGGCCCCGGAGCCGAUGCGGCUGGAGGGACGCCGGGCCUCAGCCUCCGCCGCAGCCACCGCAGCCCCCUCAGGAGUGCGAGGUUUCGCGGCGGAGCCUUGCUGAGGAGGAGGUUUGCGGAGGAGGGACGACCCCCCGGCCAUGGAGAGGCGGAUCAAAGAGGACAUUCUGGUUCAGAAGACUGGCUAGUGGCACAGCAGGCAUCAUGAGCAAGCACAGAGAAGGCUGCUCUUUAUCAUGUUCAUAAGGAGAAAGGUCUAGACAAGUCUCUUCAGCAGCGUCUCCUCACUGAUGGAGAAUUACUUUCAAGCCGAAGCUUACAACCUGGACAAGGUAUUGGAUGAAUUUGAACAAAAUGAAGAUGAAACAAUUUCUCCUACUUUAUUGGAUGCAAAGUGGAAUAAGAUUCUAGAUCCCUCUUCUUGCCCACUGUCUUUUAACCCUGCAUUGACCAGUGUGAACGAACCUGUAGUUUCUAAUGAGGCAGGACCACAGCUGAAAGUCUUCUCUCUGACUGGCUCAGCUCUCCUUACGAGGGAGGAAGAAGAUCCCUGUGCUAACGAACAGGACUGUAGUCUGAAUCCAGAGAUCGACACAAUGUGGAUUGAUGAAAAUGCUGUGACAGAAGACCCGCUGAGUAAGAGAAACUGUGAUCGCGAUGACCAGUUUAGCACUGUGGAAGUGGGAGAGGAGAACUGUGGAAGCCUCACUUGUCUGCCAGACGAAAAGAAUGUUCUUGUUGUAGCUGUCAUGCAUAACUGUGAUCAAAGGACAUUGCAGAGUGAUCUGCAGGGUUGUAACAAUUAUAGUAGUCAACCCCUUAUGGAUUCUUUUAGCUGUUCACUGGAUAAUGAAAAUAGACAAACUGAACAAUUUAGUUUUAGUAUGAAUGGGUCCACUGAAAAAGGUAUAAACUCAGAGAAACAAACAGAUGCUCUGAAUAAACCAAACCCAGAGGGGGAUUCUGUUAAUCAUCUCUGUGCUGCUUCAUCCAACAGUGCAGCCAGUAUCUCUUCACCUUCACAAUCAAAGGCCGAUGAGCAUGUAGGCGGAGACCCUUCCAAACGUGCAGUUACAAGCUUAGGAAUUAAUUCAUCCCAGGGAGUGGAUGGAGGGUCUGCCAUUAAAAAACAAGAGACUUAUAUGCCAGAAGAAGACCUCGCUGGCAAAAACAGCCCUUCUAGGACAGAGCUACGGAGCCCAAACUCCUUUUCCCAGGAAAGCGAGGAGCUCAUGACAAAACAAGAGGCAGCAGAGGAGAGGACAGUUGGAGUCUCCCUCCCCUCUGCUUUAUCUUUGUGUCUCAAGCCAGAGACGUCUGCAGUGUCUGGACGGGACAGUUGUGAACAGUCUUCAGAUUGCCUUGUGUCCAGUGAAGCUAGAGCUGAUGAAGAUGAAGGUAUUAAGCAUGAAAAAAAAAUUGGCACUACAGAACUUUUUAAUGUGACAGAACAUUUCUCUGAUUCUCAUAUGACUAAUUGGAAAUUAACAAAGUUAAAUGAGAAGAAUGACAGUCAAGUAAAUGAAGAAAAUCAAAUGGUUUCACAAAUUAGCCAGUCCGAGGACAGUAAUAGUGGAGGAGAGUGUGUUGGAAUGGCAGAUUCAGAUCUAGAUUUCAAAGGAACAUGCGUGAAUGAAUGUGAAGGACGUGAUUUCUCCACUGUUAAUGAUGCACCAGCAGCAAAUUCUCUACCUAAUGGUUGUGAUUCCUAUGGAAUGCAGAGCCCAGUUGUUUCUUUUGUUCCAAAGACUUUACCCUCCAAAGAAGAUUCAGUAACAGAAGAAAAAGAAAUAGAGGAGAGCAAGUCAGAAUGCUACUCAAAUAUUUAUGAACAGAGAGGAAAUGAGAAUGCAGAAGGGAGUGGACUGCUUCUAAAUAGCACUGGAAACAUAAUGAAGAAAAAUUAUUUACAUAAUUUCUGUAGUCAAAUACCAUCAGUACUUGGGCAGUCUUCCCCCAAGAUAGCAAACCUGCAGUCUGUUAGUGUUCCUUUUGGUGGUGCAAGACCCAAGCAACCUUCUAAUCUUAAACUUCAGAUUCCAAAGCCAUUAUCAGACCACUUACAAAAUGACCUUCCUGCAAAUAAUGGAAAUAAUAGUAAAAAUAAAAAUGAUAUUCUUGGAAAAGCAAAACUUGGGGAAAAUUCAGCAGUCAGUGCAUGCGGUGCAUCUUUGGGAAGCAUCUCUGUGACUGAUACAAAUGGGGAACAUUUAGAAAAUUAUGAGGCUGAGAUCUCCAGUAGACCAUGCCUUGCUUUAGCUCCAGAUAGUCCAGAUAAUGACCUCAGAGCUGGUCAACUGGGAAUUUCUGCAAGAAAGCCAUUCACCACCCUGGGUGAGGUGGCACCAGUGUGGGUACCAGAUUCCCAGGCUCCAAACUGCAUGAAAUGUGAAGCUCGGUUUACAUUCACCAAAAGGAGGCAUCAUUGCAGAGCCUGUGGGAAGGUUUUCUGUGCCUCCUGCUGUAGCCUGAAAUGCAAACUGCUAUACAUGGACCGAAAGGAAGCUAGAGUGUGUGUAAUCUGUCAUUCAGUGCUGAUGAAUGCUCAAGCCUGGGAGAACAUGAUGAGUGCCUCAAGCCAGAGCCCUAACCCUAACAAUCCUGCUGAGUACUGUUCUACUAUCCCUCCCUUGCAGCAAGCUCAGGCCUCAGGAGCCCUGAGCUCUCCACCUCCCACUGUGAUGGUACCUGUGGGAGUUUUAAAGCACCCUGGAACAGAAGUGCCGCAGCCCCGAGAGCAGAGGAGAGUUUGGUUUGCUGAUGGGAUCUUGCCCAAUGGAGAAGUUGCUGAUGCAGCCAAAUUAACAAUGAAUGGGACUUCCUCUGCAGGAACUCUGGCUGUGUCACAUGACCCGGUCAAGCCUGUAACCACCAGUCCUCUGCCAGCAGAGGCUGAUAUUUCUCUAUUCUCUGGGAGCAUAACUCAGGUUGGAAGUCCUGUUGGAAGUGCAAUGAACCUUAUUCCUGAAGAUGGCCUUCCUCCCAUCCUCAUCUCCACUGGUGUGAAAGGAGACUAUGCCGUGGAAGAGAAACCAUCGCAGAUUUCAGUCAUGCAGCAGCUGGAGGAUGGUGGCCCAGACCCACUUGUCUUUGUUUUAAAUGCAAACUUAUUGUCGAUGGUUAAAAUUGUAAAUUAUGUGAACAGGAAGUGCUGGUGUUUUACAACCAAAGGAAUGCAUGCUGUGGGUCAAUCUGAGAUAGUAAUUUUGCUGCAGUGUCUACCAGAUGAAAAGUGUCUGCCAAAGGACAUCUUUAAUCACUUUGUACAACUUUAUCGGGAUGCACUGGCAGGGAAUGUUGUGGGCAACUUGGGACAUUCUUUCUUCAGUCAGAGUUUCCUGGGCAGUAAAGAACACGGUGGAUUCUUAUAUGUGUCAUCUACCUACCAAUCACUGCAAGACCUAGUGCUUCCAACCCCGCCUUACCUGUUUGGGAUUCUCAUCCAGAAAUGGGAAACCCCUUGGGCCAAAGUGUUUCCCAUCCGGCUAAUGUUAAGACUUGGAGCUGAAUAUCGACUUUAUCCCUGUCCACUGUUCAGUGUCAGAUUUCGGAAGCCAUUGUUCGGAGAGACUGGGCAUACCAUCAUGAAUCUUCUAGCAGACUUCAGAAACUACCAGUAUACUUUGCCAGUAGUUCAAGGUUUGGUGGUUGAUAUGGAAGUUCGGAAAACAAGCAUCAAAAUCCCCAGCAACAGAUACAAUGAGAUGAUGAAAGCCAUAAACAAGUCGAAUGAGCAUGUCCUGGCAGGAGGGGCCUGCUUCAAUGAAAAGGCAGAUUCUCAUCUCGUGUGUGUACAGAAUGACGAUGGAAACUAUCAGACCCAGGCCAUCAGUAUUCACAAUCAGCCCCGGAAAGUGACUGGUGCCAGUUUCUUUGUGUUCAGUGGCGCUCUGAAGUCCUCUUCAGGAUACCUUGCCAAGUCCAGUAUUGUGGAAGAUGGCGUUAUGGUCCAGAUCACUGCUGAGAACAUGGAUUCCUUGAGGCAGGCUCUUCGGGAGAUGAAGGACUUCACCAUCACCUGUGGGAAGGCGGACGCAGAGGGGCCCCAGGAGCAGAUCCAGAUCCAGUGGGUGGAUGACGACAAGAAGGUUAACAAAGGUGCCGUGAGUCCUAUAGACGGGAAGUCCAUGGAAUCCAUAACCAAUGUGAAGAUAUUCCAUGGGUCCGAGUAUAAAGCCAAUGGAAAAGUCAUCAGAUGGACAGAGGUGUUUUUCCUAGAAAAUGAUGACCAGCAUAACUGCCUGAGCGACCCUGCAGAUCACAGCAGACUGACCGAGCAUGUUGCCAAGGCAUUCUGCCUCGCCCUCUGCCCCCACCUGAAGCUUCUGAAGGAGGAUGGAAUGACAAAACUGGGACUUCGCGUGACACUUGAUUCAGAUCAGGUUGGCUAUCAAGCAGGGAGCAAUGGCCAGCCCCUUCCCUCGCAGUACAUGAACGACCUGGACAGCGCCUUGGUGCCUGUCAUCCAUGGAGGAGCCUGCCAGCUCAGUGAGGGCCCUGUCGUCAUGGAGCUCAUCUUUUACAUCCUGGAAAACAUCGCAUAGAGGACGACUCCGUUCUCUCUGCUCAGACCUGUUGCAGCAGCAGUCAUAUCCAAAUCAAUUGCACUUUAAAACUGGAAGAUUAAGCUUUUGUUAGCACUAUUGGUAGGGGGGUAUGGGGUGGGAGUAGGGUUUAGGGGGAAGGGUGGGGAGGGUGGUUGGGGGACAGAUGUUCCAUGAUUUUAAGUCUUCUAUGCAUUCUCCAAGAAGACCCGGGCAGCUUCUUACUGCACAACAGUUACGCUAUCUUUGCAGCUAAACCCCUUCUGUUCCUGUCUAGACAAGAAGUCUGCUCCUCUCUUAUGGUCAUGUGCUCAGAAAUGCUCAUAUGGGUACAACCAUCUCCAAGAUCAGGGUGGGGGGGCAGAAAGGAAAUAAACAAUGAAGCGUAAAUUUUGCACUUCCUGUAUAGAACUGGCAUAAAAGAAUGUUAUGCUGCUACACUUACCGUCCUGGCUACACCCCAGAUGCUUACAAGAACGUUUAGAUUUUUUGUUCCGGCUACUGACUGAAUCAAAUCAAAGGGGUUUCUUGUCUGCUGGCCAUGGAAUGGUAACUCAGUAUAAGCCAGGCAGUUUGGAUAGCAGAGUCGAGUGUGGAGUCACUCACGGUCUGCCUAAGUGAAUGGCAGGUAGUAAAACGAGCCUUUUGUGAGAGCCGGCAAGGAACACCCAAGGCAUUUUCAUUUACUGUACACUAGAGAUAUUUUUAAAGAGCAUUUUACUAAGAAACUGCUUAAACUUCCAGGAAAGUUGUAAAUAUAGAAAGAAAAAACCUGUGUCCUCUCUUACACAGCCUUACGUACUCAUGCCCACACCGACGCUUGCCCCGCUCGACUUGUUGGGGUCUUGUCUUUCUCCCUCCUCUGUAAUAUUGAGGUGCAUACGACAGAGUCCCUUCCCCUCUACAGUAAAUGUUAUUCCUUGCCCAGAUAGGAUGUUAGUCGAGGCCACUGUGACUGGCUUUAACUUCAGUCCCGCCCAGCACUGUCCUGGGAACCUUUCCUCAAUGGUGUGCUUUCCAGCCGGGGUCAGACACUGCACAUAGCUCUUAGACUGGAUUUGGUUUUUUGUGGUAUGCAUAUUUUUUGAGUAUAGGCCCUCACAUCCUGAAUUUUUGUUUUGUUUUAGAAAACAUGUCAUUUGAGUUUGUCUUGACAAUGGUACUCAUUGCAUUCUCGGCCUGAUCACCUGAUGUCCCUCUGCCUCUCAGAGAUGGUGGCAAAUUUCAUCAUCACCGUGUACUAUGCCUAGUUUCCCUACUAUGUAUUUCCCUCUUAAUGACAGACUUAUGUAGAGGCGCUUUUCACAGUGUGCAAAUGUCUGCUCCUCAGAUUGUCCCUUAGAUUUAUUUGCACCACGGAUGCUUCUUGCCUGCACUGAUCUUUUACUCUGACAGCUGCAAGAUGGCUUUCUAAUUCCAGCAUGCCCUUUCUUUGCCAGCUGGACUUAAAAACUAUAAACAAACCAGCCCCCUCCCCCCCCUUCCUCCCUGUUAUUCUUUUAGUUUUCAUGUUGGUCUUGUGGAGUUCUACUUUCUUAGUUUGGUACUCAGGUGAGCUCAUCUUUGGCUAAGUUGAGCACCUUCAAGCUGGCUCCUGCAUCCUUUCAUGACACAUUUCUGUUUACUCCUUCCUGUGUCACCUAACAAGAUGCUCUUACCUGCCAGGUUUGGAAUCGCUUUAUCUCUGAGUAGCCCUUUUAAUUGGAAUAGUACAGGAAACCAAGGUCUGGUUCUGAUUUUAUCUUUGUUAAAUUUAUUUUGGUCACAGGCCAAAUGCAUCUCUGUUUGAAAUACACUGCUCUAGGGCAACUAACGCUCGUGUUCAUGGCAUCUUCCCAAGCCCAGGCCACCCCGGAAUUCCUUCCUCUACAGCCCUAGGUUCAAAUGCAGGCCUCGGCAACAGUGGAAGGCUGCUCCAUCCCUCUCCUGAGCUGGUAGACCUGCUUGGGGAAGUAGCUGUUUUCUAAAGGCCCUAAGGCCUGGCCUGGCCUAUGUGUCUGACUGUGACUGUCUCUCUUUCUGCUGGGUGAAGAUUGCACUCCACACCCAUUUCUCCCAAGGUUUUGAUGGAAGCUACAGAACUGGGAACAUGACCUUUCUCUUAGAUGUAGGUACAAAGCCUUAGAAGUGUCCUUUGGCCCUGACCAGCACUGAUUUCAUAUAAGAAAAGAGCCCUUGAACUGGCCCUGAACCUGUAACAGGAAGUACCUAACAAGUGUAUUUGGUGUUAAUAUACCUCAAAAGAUGGGCGCUUCUACAGCACUGCCCCAUCCUCCUGCUCAGCUAACUGCACCCUGCUGUUGGACAUGGAUCUCCUAGAAUAUGCAAGCGUUUUUUGUUUGGUUUUUCAAGACAGGGUUUCUCUGUGUAACUGCCCUGGCAAUUCUGGAACUCACU